UAGGUUUCAAACAUAGACUGUAAUUAAACAUUAAAAUAUAUUACCUCUUUAAAUCGUUGACUUACAAUCUUGCGCCACUCUGUGGCCACCACUCGCGGACACACUCACUGCGCAGGCGCAGACCCGCCAAGCACCCCCACACAUACAGUGGACACAUGACUAGCUAGCUGGUAGCUGGCUGGUUUGUUGUAGUUGAGAACAUGUUUGUCGCGCGUAGUAUUGCUGCAGACCACAAAGAUCUGAUCCACGAUGUGUCGUAUGAUUUCCACGGCCGGAGGAUGGCGACUUGCUCCAGUGACCAAAGUGUGAAGGUUUGGGACAAAAGUGAAAAUGGAGAGUGGCACUGCACAGCCAGCUGGAAGACACACAGUGGAUCGGUGUGGAGGGUGACGUGGGCUCAUCCAGAAUUUGGCCAGGUUCUGGCAUCCUGCUCUUUCGAUCGGACAGCUGCUGUUUGGGAAGAGAUUGUAGGGGAAUCCAAUGACAAACAGAGAGGACUGAGCCACUGGAUAAAGAGAACCACACUGGUGGAUAGUAGGACUUCAGUGACUGAUGUGAAGUUUGCCCCCAAACACAUGGGCCUCAUGCUGACCACCUGCUCUGCCGACGGGGUGGUGAGGAUCUAUGAGGCUCCUGACGUGAUGAACCUGAGUCAGUGGUCCCUGCAGCACGAGAUCUCCUGCAAGCUGAGCUGCAGUUGCAUCUCUUGGAAUCCCUCAAGCUCUCGUGCCCACCCGCCAAUGUUUGCAGUUGGCAGUGACGACAGCAACGUGACAUAUGGCGGCAAAGUUCAGAUCUAUGAGUAUAAUGAAAACACAAGGAAAUAUGCCAAAGCAGAGACGCUGAUGACGGUGACUGAUGCAGUCCAUGACAUUGCGUUUGCUCCAAACCUGGGGAGAUCUUUCCAUGUGCUCGCUAUUGCAACGAAAGAUGUCAGAAUCUUUAAACUCGUUCCUAUGAGAAAGGAGAGCACUUCUUCGGGGCCCACUAAGUUCGAGGUGCAGAUUGUGGCUCAGUUUGACAACCACAACUCGCAGGUGUGGCGUGUGAGCUGGAACAUCACCAGCACUCUACUGGCCUCCUCCGGGGAUGAUGGUUGUGUUCGCCUCUGGAAAGCAAACUACAUGGACAACUGGAAGUGCACCGGCAUCCUAAAGGGAGACGGCAGCCCACUCACCGGCUCAUCCGGUCAGCCAACAGCUAUGAGCACUGUGGUUGGCUCCUCAGUUCAGACCUCCCAGAAUGCCCUGAAUGGGAUGUCUGCAGGAAGGUAUUUCUUUCCACCUCUGGACACUCCCAGAGCAGGGACUAGGUAUGGCCACCUGUUGCCUCCCUCCUCCCUCAUAGAGCACUGUGAUGUUGAGCCCAUUCAACCUCAGCUACAGGCUCUUACCCAGAGACUCUCGUCUAGAGCUCUCCUGCCCUUACCAGAGUUUGAAGGGCAGUGACGUGGAGAUAUUUAAGCUUUUACAUGUUUUCAUUUUCAACUGCAUAAAAUGGAAGACACUGAAUUACGUCAGAAAUAUUGUAAAGUUUCUACUAUGUUAUCGAGUAGGCCUUUUGAUGACUAUUUUAAUGUCUAAUGUUGAGUGAAUAAUACAUGUUUUUUGUGCUCUUGUUGUUGGAAAGUGCAGAAAAGAACAUCCAAAUAUUGUUUUCUGAUGAAACAUGGUGAAUGUCAGCUGGGAAAUAAGAGCACUGACAACCUAAACCAUCAGUGCCUGCAGAGACAAAAUAUCACAAGGUGCUCGUGAAGAUGCACAUGCCUGAAGUCAGAAUAAACACCACAAAGAGA